UUACAUUUAAAAAAGAAUCAUAUUUUAUAUUUCUAUUCAAUAGUUUAUUCCGUUUACGGAGUGCCAACGGUAUUAGUUACCUUUGAUGUUAUUUUAUUUCUCAUAUUUCAUACUCCCGCGUAUUACGAAGUUUCUCUUUGAGGUAUAGUUAAUACUUCUAGACUCUAGAACAUCUACACAAUAGUGUAACGUCGUAUCAAAGUGCGGCUACGUGGUUAUAUUUGAAGAGCUUUACUCUUUACAGUGAAUCCUUUGACGCAGUACCAAUAUAUACAUCAGUUGAACUUCGUCGUUUGAUUUGAAGUGUAGAACAAAAGUAAUAGAAGUGCCGAGACUUACUGUUGAUAUCAUUGUCUACGGCAUCCCUUUGUUUCAUAACUGUCGCUGACAUUAAAGCCGGACAGCGGUUACAGUAAAAUUCAAUGCUUCUAAACUAAUCUAAAACUAUACAUUAUAUUUAAUGGGAGAGGAGCGAAGAAUUUAUUAAAAUUUGAAUCAAAAAAUAAUAAAAUAACUUAACUUCAUACUAUAAUACCUAUGGCGGUGACUAAUUCCAUCGAUAUGCAUUCCAAUCCAGGAAUAGAAGUAAUAAUUUAUUAGAUUAUUACCCCAUCGUUAGUACGAAGUGCUACGACCUACAUAUCAAUUAAACUCGAAUCAAUUUCCAUUUAUUGAAUUCCCAUUAAAAUAAGCCAUACACUAAAGUUUUAUUUUUUUAAUAUGACGGAUACGUUAAUACUUAUUUAUAACCACCAUAUGACUAUUUUAAUUAAUUCAUCAAUCAUUAAAAGUGCAAGGGUAAUCUCAUUUGAAUAAAUGAAUUGGCGACUGAAGACCAAGUGUGUUCAAUAGCAAUGAAAAAUAGUGCAAAGAAAGCAUAGUUAUUUCCAUGGUUCAAGUUCCAAUGUUAGAUGUUUUUUCAUUGAUUAUUUGAAACCCAAGGUAACAUAGAAGCGCCAUCCCCUAAUUACCUUUAAAAGAAAAACAGAUAUUUAAUCAUUUUUAUUCAUGUCUAAAAUACAAUUUAUUCUUUUCUUCGACAAAGAUCGCAUACUCUCGUUUUUUUUUAAUUAUGUUAAUAUUAAAAUCCUGAUAUACUCCACAGUCGACAUUUACAAGAAUAGCAGGGGAAAAAUAGUUGAGGUUGAGAUAAAAUUACUUUAUCCCUCACUACUAUUUUCAUAGAGCCUUAAAUCGAUUACGCACAAUUUUCAGUGACGAACGACAGAUGCUUCAUUAAACAUACAUAUUUAUCAUGUACAUACAUAUUCAGAGAACAGGCACACAUAUUAUUUCUUCACUUCUUUUUGUUAGGAGACAAUAGGUCUCGUUUUAGGACAUUUUUUAAACUUAAAUUUUGGCCUUGUAAUUGUCAAUUCACAAAAUUUAAAUACAAAAAGAUAAAGACGUACGUACAAAAAGUUCUUAUCGUUAGUAAACUUGUGUUAGAUCAUUUUUAUUUAUUAUUUUAAAGAAACUCUGCUCGUGUGGCCCCUGCCCCUGUAAUAUUGUCUAAAAAUAAGGCUUGUUUCUUUCAUCGACUUAUGCCUACCCCGAAUCUUAUAGAAAAAAAUCAGCAAUAGUGAUUGUGUGCGUGUGCAAAUUUGAAUAACAAAAACUAAUAAAAUCCACGCGUCGAUUUUCUACAUAAUGUGAUACACCGAAUGUCUGUAGAGAUGUUCGGGAUAAUUCCUUGAAGGCUUUUGUUUCCAAACGUUUAAAUAUCAGGGAGACGGGACUAUUUUCACAAUCGCUCUCCUGCGGGCUUAGGCGACGGUCGUCUUGCAAUUGAUCGCGAGUUCUCCCUUAUUAUACUUUCAAUUGUGCGUGUGUUACUCUCCUUAUUCUCGCGUAACUCCAGAGGUUGAGGAAUCAUACAUCGUUUUGUUACGCUGUAUAUGCCAUUGUCUUAUACAACGCAUUUCCUCAGUUUCGCGGCAACAUCGUUAGCGGCGAUUGAAGAAAUUUUGAAGUCAAGAUAAACUCUUCUGAAGGGAGUAGAGAACGCUAUCAGUAUCUCGUUGGAUAAGAAGUUGUCAAAGAGAUUAACUAUUGAAACUUUCCCAUUAUAUACGGUACAAAGCUUAAAGGUAUAAAAGUAAUAAGAAGUCAUCGGCAAAUAUUGGCGAAGAUUACACUGACUAAGUAAGAAAAUAAUCAAAAUGGGCAAACAAAAUAGUAAACUAAAGCCUGAGGUUUUAGAGGACCUGAAGCAGAACACUGAAUUUUCAGAUGCCGAAAUACAGGAAUGGUACAAAGGUUUUUUAAAGGAUUGUCCCAAUGGUCAUUUAUCUGUUGAGGAAUUUAAAAAAAUAUAUGGCAAUUUCUUUCCGUACGGGGACGCCAGUAAGUUUGCAGAGCAUGUUUUCCGGACGUUUGACGCGAACGGCGACGGCACUAUAGACUUCCGGGAGUUCCUGUGCGCUCUUAGCGUGACGUCACGCGGAAAACUCGAACAGAAACUCAAAUGGGCCUUCUCAAUGUACGACUUGGACGGCAACGGCUACAUAUCCCGACAGGAGAUGCUCGAAAUUGUCAGUGCUAUUUAUAAAAUGGUGGGAUCAGUUAUGAAGAUGCCAGAAGACGAAUCGACACCCGAGAAGAGGACGGACAAAAUCUUCCGUCAGAUGGACACGAACAAUGAUGGCAAGCUGUCCCUCGAGGAGUUCAUUGAGGGUGCAAAGAGUGACCCCUCCAUUGUCCGGCUGCUGCAGUGCGAUCCGCAGUCAGAGUGAUACGCCAGAUAUUAACGUUGCGGUCAUAAACACGGACAUUUGACCUUAUAAAUAGUACCUAACCCUGUACAUUAUCACUUAUCAUGCUUCUAUAAGCUAGUGCCCGGCUAAGUUACCUGCAUGUGACAUGUGCGGGACUUGUCCUGUUGCUUGGCUGUCUAUACCAGUUUAAAAUUCAACAUGUGUUGUUAUACGUUUUACAAUAUACCCGUUGUCUUAUUGUAUUGUGAUUGGACAGAACGCAAGGGAUAUAUAUAGAUAGUUAAAAUGUAUUUAAAAUUGACAAUAUUUGAUAGGUUCAUUUUAAUUAUUUUAGAUGUUACAGAAAAAUAUUUAGAAACAAUGAUGAUUAAGGAUCAAUGUUUGUAAUUUGUAACCAUAUCCUAAUUUGACUGUAAGGUAACAAUGGCAUAUAUGAUAAAUUGCCUCUCCCCAAUAUACUAGUUUCACACGAGGGCAGAGCAUAAAUUGUUUGAAUGCACAAAUUGAGACGGUACUGUUUUUACUGUAAAUGUACAUUCAAACAAUAGCAGUACUGCACUGUUUACUGCUCUGCCUCACGGUUCUGUCCUCAUGUGAAAGUACAGUUACAGCGGCAUCAUAUGAAGUAGUCAGGGCAUUAGUACUGCCCCACAGUUAGUAAAGUUUUAGUUUACUUAAUAAGUGUUAUAAGGCAGAGGCAAUCUAGUGUAAAGUGAAAGCCUUGCAAGAUUAGACAUAGUAAAUCCUGUUUACUGUUCUUCCACAGAGGUUCUUUUAAAGCACCCCUUCCAUAACUUUUCACUUGAAUUUGACAAUGUCUUGUCCUAAAAAAACUGCAUUCAAUCUCAAUAUUUGAGGAGUAAAUUCUCACUAAUCUAUGGUCUUUCAAUUCUCCAAUUAAGAUUUUCCUUUGAUGACUUUAUCCGUGUUGGUGCCUUAAUAUUAAGGAAAGCUUCGCUCCUUUAUCCUCUCUAUACCUUAGUUAUAUGUCCAAUAAUUAUAUCUUAAAUGUACUUAUAAAGAACUAGAACACCAAUUGUUAUGCUUAAACGCUUAAAUGCACAACCAGACAUCAGGACAACAUAUGCUAUUACCUUUUACUUUGUCACACCUAAUCAGUAAGUUACUAGUUUCUUACCUUAAUCUUAACUAGUCCUCACGAAAAUCACAAAUACCCUACUAGCUCUUAUAUAUAAUCUUUAAAGUUAUUGAUAACAUUUUUAAGAUCAUUUGGUGAUUAUUUUCACAUAUGCCUGUUAUUAUUCAAAAUUUAUGGUAGCUAGAAUUAAAUAUAUAAGCGUCAACAAUAUAGUUUACAUUAAAAAUACAUAGCUUGAUCCAAAAUGAUAAACUCUCUUAAUAACAAUUUACCGGAAGAUCUGAUAUACCACUCUAGAAAUGUAACUGUUGGAUCUACCUAUGUAAAUACAUACGAGUAAUCUCUUAAAGUUAAGUAUUAAUAUUUAAAUAAAAGUAACAUGUACAAUGAAAUUAAAAAAUUGACAAUGUAACGUUAGUAAUGUUUGAUAAAAUUGAUUAAAUACAUAGCGAUGUAGAUUGAAUUUGAAAGUACAAAGCAAUUGGAAAAGUUUUCUUUCUAAUUGUAAGACACGAUAGAAGUGUAUAUUAUAUAAACUUGUACAUAGUGUACUGAACAUAGCGGACCAAGUCCGUCAGAUUUCACGGUGAAAAGAAGUAAAUAAAACCAUCUCAGUUCAUACAAAGUACAUGUAAUAUAUAACACUUAUACGUACAAUUAACAUAUAAUUGUUUCAGAACGUUUCUACAUAAACAAAGCUGUUUACUUUUUGUCUAUUUAUUUUUUCAUUGUUGAUAUAGUUUUUGUGAUUUAUUUUAUUCUAAAUGAUAUCUAUCAAAACAUAAAAAUGCUUUCAACUUUUAUGAAUAUUGGCAAUUAUAUUUCAUUUUAUUAACCACAUGAUCUUUCGAUGAGCCUUAAAAUUAUUUAAUGAAGGUAUAACAUUUUUAAUUCUUUUUAAUUUUGAUAACAAUCUCAAUAUCGUUAUCUCACGAAAGUAAUCUCAUAUAAAUGUUUCAAAAACUUAAUGAGAUUCCGAGCCUCAGUUUUUUGCUCAAUAAAAUCUGAUUUUGCGAUUUAGCAAAAAACAUAACUAUAAAGUUGGUAAAUUCACUAUGGGACGGCUAAUUCUGGCUGUCUUCCUGUCGCUAGCUAGUUAAACAACAUCGAAUAUACAUAAUGUUAAGUAACAUGCGAAAUCAAAUUUUAAAAAUAAGGAGGCUCAUGCGAAAUAUAUAGCAAUAGUUGCUUUGCUAUGAAGAAACAGCGAAUUUUCUAGUUAAUUUCUAUAUAUCAAACUUGAAAAUGUUAUCUUCUCGAGUGUCUAGAUUCGCUAGGAUUUUUCAUGAAUAUUCUAAAUUGUAAGUUGGCAUAUCUGAGUAUACCAUAUCUAAGGCGUAGCUACUUUUAAUAUUUAAGAGAAAUAAUUCAAAGGUUUAAAAACAAAGGACUUUACAUGUACAUGUAACAAAGGAAACAAUUAAAGAACAACAUUUUAUAUUUCAAAAACUAAAAUAUAAAUACAAAAUAUAAUAUUUGUUAUUGAUUUAAUUAUAAUAUCAAAAUGUUUUAUAGUCUCUUGUCUACUUGUUAUAUAUGAUUGCCUGAAAAAUACUUAAUCCGUAUUAUUUUAUAAUUUCCUAGUAUUUAAACCUUUGGAAUAGUAUGUAAUAUCAAUUUGGAUCGAAGUUAUCCUGUCCCUAACUUCAUACGACCUAAAUCCCGAAUCGUGUUUUUAGAUUUGACUGAAAAUCCUUAGCUUACUUUUAAUUUUGGAAAUACGAUUCUUAUGUAACUUAAUUGAGGCAUCUUUUACUAUAAAUUAAUAUUUAAAUGAUUUUUUUUCUCAUACUAUAUAUUAAAACUAAUACUUCAACUAACACAAAUGCUUGUCAGUUUACUGUUCCUUUGCUGCCAAACAAAAUCAGUGACUUUAUCUGAAUUAGUUUAACUAUCGGUUACUUCUAACAUUUACAUCUAGUUUAUUGAUAGUUGGUUUAAUAUUAUUUAACUUUUUUAGUAUGUAAUUUCAUUUUGAUACCCUAUAUCUUAUGCAUUAGACUUAAUACGGUUUACUAGAUGAUUGUAUAGCCCUAGUCAUUGACUUCUUAAAGGCUAUAUAAAUAAUCAUCUGUAAAGCAAUAGUUAUGCUGUGAUUAGGUUCUAUAAAUUACGAAUCAAUUUAAAUUUUUAAGUUUUCACACCUUUUUUUAAUUUAUACAUAUAUAUGGUGUUAUAAAAUCUGACAAUAAGUAUGUAAAACGAAAUUAAAAUGUAUUUGUACAAAAAACGAACUUUAAUCGACUUUGUUUUUUUAGGUAUCGCAAUACAACGUAACUAAUGCACAAUCAUUUUGUUUUCCGCACAAUUAUAUCAACGAUUUAUUAUCUAUACGUUUAAGUGUGUUGUAAAAGUGUGAGGCUAAUUAAAAAGAUUUUGUGAAAACAAUGUACAACUGUUCUAAAUUAUACAUUACGUUCUUUUUGAUAAAAUGUUAAAUAAUUAAUGUUUACGAAAGUAUAAAAUAUUUUAAGCAUGAUACAUUUACGGGCGUAAUCCCAAUAAAUCCAAAUGCUUUAUAUAGAAUCGAUGCUUUUAGAAUAGCCCACAACCAUGUUUUAUCUCGAUUUACUGUUGUCAUGUAAAAGAGAUUAAUAUUUUAAUAGAUAAUUUUAAACAUCGUAAAAUUGUUGAAUGUUAAAAUGAAAAUUUUUAUGAAUCUUAGUGGAUUAGUCAAUGUAUUUAUCUCUUACCAACGAAGUAAAUACCUCAAAUAAUCGAAAACACCAAGUGCCAUCGCGCACUAUUCUCGUUGACCAUGAUAUUCAUUUUGAUUGUGUAUUUGGUAAUUAUAAGCCUUAUGUACCUGUACAAUUAAUGAUAAAAUUAUAGAUUAAUGAAUCGAACAGGUCGACAGCUUAAGGUGAUUCGUUUUAAUGCAAUGCUUGAAAGGUUCUGUGCAUGCUACUCGCCAAGCGAGUUUACUUGCCACUGCUAAUGUAUUCGGCAUACAAGAAGACUUACCGUCAUUAAAUCUUAGCAGCACAGAACAUGUUAACCUAAAUUACCUCUCAACUACUACCUCGAUUUAGGAAGCUAUGAAAGUUAAAUUGUAACCGCAAUUCAAUUUUGCUUCUUGAAUUGACACUACCUCUGAUCACUUCAUUUAUACAACGAAGUGGUGAGAUGAUGGUAGACUUUAAAUGAAAAAAAAACCUUUUAGUAUUGUAAAAGCGAAUCGCCUAGUGCCUUAAACAUACACUGUGUAUAUAUGUAUACAUAUAUUUGUGUAUAUGUGUAUACUAUUACAUGCCUGCUGUUCAAUGAAAACUGGAUUAUACUUCACAAUAUGUAACAUAUGUAGAAAGAUCCACAGCCGCUGCCAAUAACUUUACUGUCUUCCAGCGCUUAAAAGAUAAGAUAACAAACAAUGCCAUUAACUUCUUUGUGUGGACAAAAUAUAUAGUAUGAAGAAUACCAGUUUUCAUGUUGUUUUAAAAUGUAAUAGAAAGGUUAGUAGCACCACCACUAGUUUAUUGCUAGCAUUAUAUGGGUGCUAAUUUUUACAUACAUUAUAUCUAGAAAGCUUUUCAAAUAAUUGUUCUAAUGUCGGUGACUAGUUUCAUCUAUUGUAAACAAUAUAUUUAUCCCUUUUCAAUCAAGGUUUAGAAAUGUUGUUACAUCUAGUUGUACACAGUUUUGAUCUACUCCUUCACCUCUGCUUAUACCUCCUGUUACUUCACUCAAAAUUAAUCAACACUUGAAUCUUAUAUGGUGCAUAAGUGUUCUCAGAUCAAAAUCAUUCUUAAAAUUAUGUUUUGAAAUUCUAUAUUACCCUGUGGUUUUAAAUGAUUUAUAAAUAUGUAAUGUAAAAGUAUUCAACACCAUGUCAGUUUGUGUGAAUAUUUGACCAAAUAAUUAUUUUAAAUCAACUGAAAAUCGAUACGGUUUUAAAAUUGAUUUUCCGUUGAUGUAACUUGAUUACAAAUCAACAUAAAAUGCGCUUAAGCACUAUUUCAGUCAAUCGUGUUAAAUCAUAUUUAAAAAAAUGUGUAUAUGUUGAUUGUUUGGUGGCACAUUAAAAGCAUUAUAAGACAAAAAAUUGUCAAUUGAUAUAUCUUAUUAGGCAGUCUAAAUAAUUUGAAUUAUAGGUGAGCCAUCGCCCUGCCAGCCUUUAAAAUAUGACACCAAAAGCUCGACUUUGCAUUUGUACAAAGUUUUGUAGAAUUCAUUCAUAUAAAUUGUUAAAUAAAACAAUGAUAACUAAAAACUUCUGAAGAUAUCGAAGUUGUUGCAAUGCUUUUUAAAUUAAUGUUUAAAAACUUGUUGUGCGAAACAUAUCAUAUCGCUUUAUUUUCUAAUUUAAUAUUGUGUCGACUUGCGAGUAAUGUGUGCUUCGUUAACUAUUGCAUUAUGCAAUUGUUCCCAACAAAGUCAAUAAUACAAUAGCACCCUGUUAAGAUUUCAACUUUAACUAAUUAUAUGCGGAGUUGUAAAAUCUUUAGCCCCAACGCAACAUUAAAAUUACAUGUUUCUAAUGUAGAUUUUGACUUGACAAUUUGAUUGUUUCGUCAAUUUGUAAUUCCUGUCUAUUAUAAUUUUCUUAAUAAUCGAUCUUAAGGUUCAGAUACUGUUUAAGAAAACAAUUAUUGUAUCUAUUUAUUAAAUCUUUCUUCUCUCAAACUCACUGUUUCAAUUCACCCUCAUUAGUUA